AGUGAAGCACCGGACGUCGGCACUGGCGGAGCCGGGCGGCGAAGCUGGAGCGGCGGUGGCGGCGGCGGCGGGAGGCCGGGGCCGGGGCUGAGGCCGAGGCCGGGGCUUCGAGGCCCUUGGGGAGACAAGCGGCGGGAGCCCGGGGCCCGAGUCCGGAGACAGGAGCGGCCGCCAUGGCCGAGAGCAUCAUAAUCCGUGUCCAGUCCCCUGAUGGAGUGAAGAGGAUCACAGCAACAAAGAGAGAAACAGCUGCAACAUUUCUGAAAAAGGUUGCAAAGGAGUUUGGCUUCCAAAACAACGGCUUCUCAGUUUACAUCAAUAGAAACAAGACUGGAGAGAUAACGGCAUCAUCUAGCAAAUCCCUCCAUUUGCUAAAAAUCAAGCAUGGCGAUUUGUUGUUCCUGUUUCCCUCAAGCCUUGCUGGACCCUCGUCUGAGAUGGAAACAUCGACCUCAGUAGGGUUAAAGGCCUUUGGUGCUCCUAACGUGGUUGAAGAUGAGAUCGAUCAAUACCUCAGCAAGCAGGAUGGGAAGAUUUACAGGAGCCGAGACCCACAGCUAUGCCGCCAUGGUCCCUUGGGCAAGUGUGUGCACUGUGUCCCACUGGAGCCAUUUGAUGAGGACUAUCUGAACCACUUGGAGCCUCCUGUGAAGCACAUGUCCUUCCAUGCCUACAUCCGGAAGCUGACUGGAGGGGCUGACAAGGGGAAGUUUGUUGCCCUGGAAAACAUCAGCUGCAAGAUUAAGUCCGGAUGUGAGGGACACCUCCCUUGGCCAAACGGUAUCUGCACCAAAUGCCAGCCUAGUGCCAUCACUCUGAACAGACAGAAAUACAGACAUGUGGACAACAUCAUGUUUGAGAAUCACACGGUUGCUGACCGCUUCCUGGACUUCUGGAGAAAGACAGGAAACCAACAUUUCGGGUACUUAUAUGGACGGUACACAGAGCACAAAGACAUUCCUCUCGGCAUCAGGGCUGAAGUGGCUGCGAUUUAUGAGCCUCCUCAGAUUGGUACACAGAACAGCCUGGAGCUUCUGGAAGAUCCGAAAGCUGAGGUGGUUGACGAGAUUGCUGCCAAGCUUGGCCUGAGGAAGGUUGGAUGGAUAUUCACGGACCUUGUCUCAGAAGAUACCCGAAAGGGUACAGUCCGAUACAGUCGGAAUAAGGACACCUAUUUCCUGAGUUCAGAAGAAUGCAUCACUGCAGGAGACUUUCAAAACAAGCACCCCAACAUUUGCCGGCUCUCUCCUGAUGGGCAUUUUGGAUCCAAGUUUGUUACUGCAGUGGCCACAGGUGGUCCUGACAACCAGGUACACUUUGAAGGGUACCAGGUAUCCAAUCAGUGCAUGGCACUGGUCCGAGAUGAGUGUCUUCUACCUUGUAAGGAUGCCCCUGAGCUCGGCUAUGCCAAGGAGUCCAGCAGUGAGCAGUAUGUUCCUGAUGUGUUUUAUAAGGACAUAGACAAGUUUGGCAAUGAGAUCACCCAGCUGGCCCGGCCCCUGCCCGUGGAGUAUCUCAUCAUAGAUAUCACAACCACCUUCCCCAAGGAUCCAGUUUACACUUUUUCUAUUUCUCAAAAUCCGUUUCCUAUUGAAAACCGGGAUGUACUGGGUGAAACACAGGACUUCCAUAGUUUGGCAACCUACUUGUCCCAGAAUACCUCAUCCGUGUUCUUGGAUACCAUCUCCGACUUCCAUCUCCUGCUGUUUCUGGUCACCAAUGAAGUCAUGCCGCUGCAGGACAGUAUCAGCCUGCUGCUAGAAGCCGUGAGGACCAGAAAUGAGGAGCUAGCACAGACAUGGAAAAAGUCUGAACAGUGGGCCACCAUCGAACAGCUAUGCAGCACCGUUGGUGUGCAGCUCCCAGGCCUCCAUGAGUUUGGUGCAGUCGGGGGUUCUGCGCGUGCUGCUACCUCUGCCAUGUGGGCCUGUCAGCACUGCACCUUCAUGAACCAACCUGGCACAGGCCACUGCGAGAUGUGCAGCCUCCCCCGGACCUAGGGCUCUGGGCCUCUGCUGCAUGGGACUGGGCCAGCCCAGCCCUCUCUGAAGUCUGGAGCGCCACAUGUUCCCUAUAAGGCCUGAAGCCCACCGCCCUGAAAGAGUGGAGCCAGCUACCCUGCUGUUCCAGAUAUACUGCAGUGUCUCAGUGCAGAACCUGAAGAGAAAGAACCCCGGCCGCUGUGCUGGGUUCAACAGAGCCUCCCAACUGGAAAGGCAGAGCAGACCUGCCCAAGAGCACCCCACUUGCCUCACUUCUUAAUAGCACCCCACUGGAUUGGAGGGACUGAACACCUCCAACCAAUCACCUGAAAUUGGGGUACACAGAGAGGGUGCUGCUGUCACCCAGCUAUCUUUCCUUCCUUUACAAUUUUUGUUUUCUGCUUUCCCACCUUUUCACCCUGUAUUUGAUGGAUGUCCUUGGCUGUCUCUGUCCCCUGGCUGUGGGGCUGUGUCCCUCCUUUGGGAGCAUGUGUGGCUAGGGCAUGGUAGCCGUGGUCUGACAUGCCGUGUAAUAGGUCCCUGCCCUUUACUUGCCUGAAAUCUGCAGAUAGCAGCAGCAAUUCCCACCCAGGAAACUUUUAUUUAUUGUUUUUUAAAGAUAAAACUGCACAGAUGGGAGUGAAAGAUUUAACUCUGCUCUUUCCUCCUUCAGUGCAGCUACUCCUGGGUGGUUUAUUGGGCAGGCGGCCACCAUCAUUUCUCCUCUGAAGCAAACCUCAGUGCCUGAGACUUAGCUGCCACGCUGCAGACAGUGGCAGUCGGUAGCAUGGGUUCCUCAGAGCAGCAGUGGCUCUGGCCUGACAGCCCUUCAAGUCUGUGGGCAGCCCCGGAGUUCUGGCCCCCCUCCUAGCACUGCUCCUUUACCAACAACUCCCUACACUAUAGCCUUCUUGCACAGUGCUGUGGCAGUUGAGAAACCUAGAAGAGGUGCCCAUGUGACCACUGUGAGGCAAAUAGAAACAGUCUCUGAGGGUCCUGUGUGGCUGUGUUAUGACAGCCCUUACCCAGGUAAGAUACGGAUAUCUCGAUGCCUCGUUGCCUUAAUGAGAGCUACGUCAGCUGUCCUUCACCCUGGGAAAGGCCAUGCCAACUGUGGACUGCUGGGAGUCGUGUGUCGCUUUAGUAGAAUGUAGCCAUGCUUGCUUCCGCAUCUUUGGCCCUGUGGACAGAACACUUGUUGCUAGGUUAUCGUGGCAGGCCUGGCCGGCUACGUCGGUCUCACCUGGCAGAGACCUGAACUGAAGCCCUGGGACUGUGGGGCCAUUGGGCUUGGUUUGGUAUUGACAGGGUCAUCCUGGACAAGACAAGCAGUGGAGAGAGGAAGUGCUGAGGGCUGGCCAACCUCCCUCCUGGCGGGUCCCUGGCCAGGGCUUUACAGUGCUGGUGGGGUUUUUUGUUUUGUUUUGGUUUGGUUUUGUUUUCUGGUCCCUAAGUCUGAUAGACUGGAUGUCCUGCCAUCUCUGUGUCUGCGACUUAGCUGUGUUUCUGAUGCCAAUCACACUAGCACCAUUCUGACUCAUGCUGGGCAGGUGCUGGGCAGCACAGACUCUGGAGACCCGUUUGCCACUGCUUUUCCCCCAUUCAUCUUUGUCUACAAAGUUAAUUACGUUCUCAUGUUCUCGCAUCCACGUAAUUCUCGUUUUCUCUGACUUUUAGCAAAAGAAAUUUUUGUGAUUUCUCUGCUUA